CGUCCGCUCAAUUCAUCACCCUUUACGCGACGAACCCCCUUAUUAUACUGUCCCUGAACUUGAACGGGUCAAAACAACAAGCGGUUUCAUGUCACCCGUCCAGCCGUCCAGCUCCCGCGCCUGUCAAUCGAAUCAGCUGGGAAGCUCGGGACGAAGCCACCCGGACGACCCCGGCGGGGGAUCGAUCGUACCCCUAACCUCGUCGCGCACUAGCCAAAAGCGGCUUUCCGGGACCUGAGAGAUGGCGCCCCCGCUCCGGCGAGGUGGCGAGCCCCCGUUGGACGGGCCAACGGAAAGCUCGAGCUGUGUGUGCUUCCCAGCUAAUCUCUAGCCGGGAGUUGAAACGCGUUCCCGUCACGUCGCGCUCGCGUCGAGAAUGUCUUCACCAACUCCGGCCGCCGCCCCGGUUUUUUUUAAACCCUCCCGGGAUCCUCCGCUUGGACGUACGCUGCCAGGACCUGCUAGGAGAUAGCAGUAGCAGUCUGCUGGCUACUAGGUAUUAUCCUCUAGUUGAUCAUCGCAUCAUCAUUGCAAACCUUGCCAAUCUGCCGUCACUUGCGCAGCUCGUGCUUCGUCGAUCGUGCAUGCUACUACUAGCCGUGGUUGCAGCGUCGUUCUAGCCAUGCUUCUCGUGCGAGCGCUGGGUGCAAUGUAGUGGAAGUGUCGUGCUAGUUGGAAGUGAUCUAUUCGAUGGAGCAGCAGCGGAGGCCGGAGGAGCAGAGGGCGGCCGGGCCCUGCGGGCGGCGCGCGCGGGCGGAGACGCGGCACCCGGUGUACCGCGGGGUGCGCCUCCGGGCGGGGAAGUGGGUGUCGGAGAUCCGCGAGCUGCGGAAGCCCAGCAGGAUCUGGCUGGGCACGUACCCGACGCCCGAGAUGGCCGCCGCGGCCUACGACGCCGCCGCAUCGGCGCUGCGGGGCGCCGGCGCGGCGCUCAACUUCCCCGACGCGGCGCGCUCGCGCCCGGCGCCGGCCUCCGCGUCCCCGGAGGACGUCCGGGCCGCGGCCGCCGAGGCAGCGGCGGCGAUGGACGACCGCCUCCGUCUUCGCGAGCCGCGCGGUGACGGUGGCGGCGGCGGUGCGGACGACGCCGUAGCGAUCGUGGACGAGGACGACCUGUUCGAGAUGCCGCGGCUGAUGAUGAGCAUGGCAGAGGGGCUGAUGAUGAGCCCGCCCGCGCUGGGCCCCGCCGCGGCGGCGGCGUCGAUGGAAGCCGAUGAGGAAGGAGUCAGCCUGUGGGAUCACUCUUGAUGCGCUGGCCGGGGACGCUGCUUGCCGUAGUGGAAGGUGGUGUAAGAUGGGGGAGGACGCGCGCCAGCGCCACGACCUCGUGUUGGCGAAUGGGAGCGUGCGCGUUGGAUCACACCUGAUGUGGACAGAGGAAUAUGUGCUGGGGGCAACAUGAACGUUCUGCGACGCGCUUGUACGUACGUUGCGUAGCAUGGACGUGAAAUGGAUGAUGGAGACACGACGCUGGUCGCUGGCACACCUAUGUGAUAAGUUCCAUGGCAGCAGUUCGAAACCUUUUUUUCCUUUGACGUGUCGUCUCCAACAUCUACGACCUAUCCCACUGCAAAUUCAGUUGACUUGCUGCAGCUGCUGUACAACUCCAUCAUCUUUUACGUAACCAAUCUAUUUUUUCCCCAAAACAUAGCAUAAUGCAGAUGCUCGUAUACAUGCAUACACACUCAUCUUUAUGAACGCACGCACUAUGUUUGCUCCGGCAUAUACAUGGAUAAACUUGAAUGCUUGAUGGUUAGGUUAUACUCCAAAAGAGAAGUUUGAUUAAAAUUUAAGAGGAAGAGCUAUAUAUCACUCCUCGGGUGAUCUGAAGCUCUCUGUCACUCGAUUUGCCACCCUUCAAUAUUUCUCUACAUUGCUUCU